ACGACGCAGACAAAAAGUCUCGGUUUUAUACCUGCAGCUGCUUCACAACAGAUAACAUCUUCCUGGACGACUACAAGCUGCAUGUUCGCUUUGUGUCCGAGCAUCAGUUCAGGCUGCAGUACCAGCCGGUGAGUCAGUAGCAGUGGUUAGCGGCGUACACAAAUAAGACAUUUAAAGGGGACAUGCUCGCUGUUUAUUUUUGAUAUAAGUGCCAUUUUGUUUCCACGUACAGCUGCUAACGAGGCUCGGCUGCGUCACGGAGCAGCAGUUUGUAGACGUGCUUACCAAGGUAAAGAGGCGUGCAAGCGUGUGACGUGGUCUGUUUAUAAAGUCAAUUGAAUUUAGCGCAUAGAAUACUACGGAGGCCGUCUGGUGACAUAGGAGAGAAAAACAACUCCUGGCCACCAGACAUGUGAGAACACCAUGUUGGCAAAGUUUCCCAGGAGGUGGACAGAAGAAGGCACACAUGUGAGACAUCUGCUGAAAGAACUGCUGCCAUUAAAAACACAUACGAGCCUCUCCAUCCUCAUGUCUACCAUCUGCAGGUACCCAAUGCUCACUGGCUGCGUGUUGCUGUGCUUUGCUGAGACUCCACGCCUUCACUCCUCCUCUCCUCAGGAGUCUUACCUGGCGCCGGAGCUCAAGCAGCUGGUUGCGUACUGCAGCAGCAGCGACGCAUGUGAAGAAGGUCUUAGCGAACUGCUGGAGGACGUAGGAGGUGAUAAAGCGUCCGCUUCGUUGAAGAAGCAUCGGUGGAGGAAUGCGAGAAAUAGGAUAAAUUCUCCCACCUUAGCUCCGAGAGUCUAUCGUCUCCCAGUGUUUGAGAAAAGCUUCUGUGAGCAGCUGGUGGAGGAGCUGGAGCACUUUGAGCAGUCAUCAGCCCCUAAAGGAAGACCCAACACCAUGAACCACUACGGGAUUCUUCUCAACGAGUUGGGCUUUGACGAGGACUUCAUCACUCCUCUGAGGGAGCACUACCUGCAGCCUCUCGCCUCCCUGCUGUACCCGGACUGCGGCGGCCGCUGUCUGGACAGCCACAAAGCUUUUGUUGUCAAGUACGCCAUGAACGAAGACCUGGAUCUGAGCUAUCACUACGACAACGCAGAGGUCACUCUUAACGUUUCCCUGGGCAAAGAGUUCAAAGACGGAAACCUUUUCUUUGGUGACAUGAGACAGGUGUCCAUAAGUGAGACGGAGUGCACAGAGGUUGAGCACAGGGUUAGCGAGGGCCUCCUGCACAGGGGCCAACACAUGCACGGGGCCCUGCCCAUCUCCUGCGGCCAGCGUUGGAACCUCAUCGUCUGGAUGAGGGCCUCGCAGGAACGCAACCAGCUGUGUCCCAUGUGCAACAGGAAGCCGUCGCUGAUGGAGGCAGAUGGCUUUGCUGAUGGAUUUACAAAACAGUCUGAGUCUCAACAGAAUGGCUCCUGUGAAUUAACGUGACUGUAUCCA